UGGAAGUUUCAGUUACAAUACGGCAGCGACUCGGCCUGGUUGCGAUUUCCCCAACUGCUCCGCGCGUGUCUCCCAAUUGCGAGUGUGUGUCCUGAUCGCGUCCAAGGAUAAUCGCCAGAAAGAGUGGGUGCAGUGAUCAAGAUCGACUUACUGACAGCCAACUGCGAGUUGGCCAGAGUGCUUAUCAAGCGUAGUUCUGAUUUUCAGCUGCCGUUUGCAACGAACUCGGGAUUAAGCCGCAUCCUGCCGCGAUGAGAAGUCUGCCAUUUUUGUUGGCGCUGGCGCUGCUGAUCAUUGGAGCCGCGGCCACCGCCACAUCUCCCAGCUCCAGUACCACCACCUCGGCCAAGCCAAAGACAGAGGCCAAGCCAAAGGCUGAGCCGGAGAAGCCCACCAAGCAGCCUGCACCUUCGGCGUCGCCUGCUUCCAAGAUCACCACCACCUCCUCCACCUCCACCACCCGCCAGUCGAAGGCCCUGAAGCCGGGAGACAACCGCGGCAAGAGGACGCUCUACGACUUCGGCAACGCCGGCUACCUGUACCCCGAAGUGGCUUCCCGGAGGGCUGGCUAUGUGGACAACACGGCGAGCUACUAUCCCCAGUCUGGCUACUUCAACGGCCAAAAUGCAAUUGCUCAAUAUCCCGGCAACUUCGGACCCGCCUAUGCCCAGUAUCCACAGUACCUGGAGGCUCCAGAGCCCAUCAUCGAGAUCAUCAUCAAGGAUGCCAACGAGACCCUGGCCGAGGAACCCGCCCAGCCCAUCGUGACCAAGAAGAAGAAGAAGAAGGAGAAGGUGCACGUGUUCUACGUCAACUACAAGAAGGAUCAGAACAACAAGCUGCACCUGGAGUCGCCGAUCGCCUCGCUGAACAACGACGACAACGAGGAGGAGGAGGAAGAGGAGGAGGAGGUGGUCCAGUACCCGGUCACCCAGCAGCCGCCCCUGAAGCCCACCACCCUGCGCACCAUCAUCCACCCGGACUCCGAGAAGUUCCACAGCAACUCCGGCAUCCACGUGUCCUUCGGGGCGGAGAACAAGCACCAGACGGGCCACAUCCUGGAGGAGCACGACGCGGAGAGCAUCCAGCGCCAGGUGGUGGCGCUGCCCCCCUCGGUCUCCUCCAAGCCGGAGGGCGGGUACCUGGGCAACACCCGGGCGGACUACGGACGGGAGAACAACUUCGGCCGGGGUCCCGGAUCGAACCUCCUUUUCGGCGGCAGCUUCCAGCAGGCGGGCAUCAACUACCAGCAGCAACAUCAGCAGCAACAUCAGCAGCAACAUCAGCAGCAACAUCAGCAGCAGCACCAGCAGCAACUGCCCCUGCAGCACGGCAACAACUACUUCAGGCCCCCGGCCGCCCUGGUGGGUCCUCCCCGUUACCCAAAGCCCGCCCAGCAGCAACAGGUGCAGCAGCAACACCGGCCCAGCAUCACCCAGCAGCAACUGCCCUCCACCUCCUCGCAGACCAUCUUCAAUAAGUUGGUGCAGCAGUCGCAGUACUACAUCAACCACAACCAGCAGUACUCUACGCAGCAGCACCACCAGCAGCAGAGCCACCAGCAGCAACACCAACCACAUCAGCAGCAACACCUGCAGCAGGCACCGCAGCAACAGCAGCAGCAGCAAUAUCAGAAGCCACCGCAUAAACAGGUGCAAGUACCAUUCUUCCCCACGAUUCCGCCGAAAAGCGUGACUCCUGCCCCAUAUCAGCCGGUCAAAUUCCGACCCACUCCCGCCCCUGUCGCCCAGGUGAAGCCCCUGCCCCUGCCCGUAAAAUUGGACAAUGCCAACUACCAGCAACAGCAGCAACACUACCAACCGCAGCAACAGCAGAAGUUGCCGCUGCAGCAGCAAUCUUAUCAGUUUGUGCGUCAGCCGCAAUUCGUGCAGCAGCCGCAGUUUGUGGUGCGCUCGCCCACGCCACCACCAGAGUUCUACUCCCAGCAGAAGCAGCAGGCGCAGCAGCAGCACUCCCAGCAGCAGCACCCCCAGCAGCAGCACUCUCAGCAGCAGCACUCCCAGCAGCAACACCACCAGAGCGGCCUGAACUACUUCGACAUCAAGCCCUCCAAGGAGACGGAGCUGCUGAAGUCCAUUCCGAAGUUCGAGCAGCACAUCACGGAGACGGUCCACAACCCGGUUGCCCCGUCGCAGCAGCCGCAGCAGCAGCAGUAUCAGCAGCAGGUGCAACAGCAGCAGCAGGUGCAGCAGCAGCAGCAGCAGCAAUUCGGAUACAGCAGCACGCGGAACGAGGUGAUCCACGACGUGCCCGCUCCCAACCUGGGACCCUCUGCCCAGCAGCCCAUCUCUGGUCACUACAUAACAGCUGGAUCAUCAUCUGGCCAGCACUCCCAGCAGCAAUCCCACUUCGCCAGCUUCCCCACCGAAGCUGCCCCGCAGCCGCCCGUCUACGCAGAGUCCACUCACGGCCAGAAGGUGAUGGUGGUCACCCCGGUGCCGCCCUCCGCCAACUACGUGACCUACAGCCAGUACUCCCAGGCCCUGAACGAGCCGGUGGUCCAUGUGAAUGCCCAGUCGUCGGCUCUGCAGGCCCAGGCCAGCACCAACUUCGCCCAGCAGCCCAGGCAGCCGGCGUCCUCCUUGAUCAGUGCUCCCUCGAACGACAACUCGCCCUUCAGCGUGUCCACCUUCCACUCGGAUGUGUUCAAGGAGCUGGAGCAGCGCAACCAGAAGGACAAGCCGCAGCAGGUGCCACCACUGGCUCCUAAGCUGGCUAAGGCUCCCGUUCCAGCGGCACCGCCUGCCCCCAGUGCCGCUCCGGCCUCCGCUCCCAACGGAAAGGCCUCGCAGACGCUGCUCCAACUGCCCGACGAGGUGCCCGACGACCUCCGCCAGCAGCUCUUCUCCUCCGGCAUCCUGAACAACGCGGACAUCUCCAUCCUGGACUACGACAAGCAGGGCGAUAUCGCGCUGGAGAACCUGCCCGCCGAGCACCUGCAGCACUUCUACGGAGCGGGCGGCGGCGCCCAGAUUGCCGAGACCAACAAGGUGCUGACCGUGGUCAAGCCCAACGGUGACAAGGUGGCCCUCAGCGAGAAGCAGCUGGACCGCGUCAAGCAGACCAACUCGCUGCCCCAGAAACAGGAUCUCGACGUGAAGGUGGUGCGCUACGAUGCCGCCCAAGGACAGAGUGUGAGCGACAAGUACGUGCGCACCGAUGCCACCGUGGUCACUCCCGUGGACCUGGCCGAACGGCAGCAGUACAACCGCUACCUUCCCCUCAAGAUCAACGGCGCCCAGUUCCCGAUCCCCGACAGCGAGGAGCUGCUGGGCAAGCGGAUCGUCAGCGUGGUGGUCCUGGCCCCCGUGGAGGCCCAGAGUCCCGGCCAAGGGAGCAGCGAGGCAAGGAGUGCCGACGGCAAGGAGGUCAAGUUCCUGGGCGGCGAGCUCAUCAAGACGCUGGUGAAGAAGCCCACCAAGGACAACUUCAAGAGGUGGCUGGAGAAGGAGGCGCGAACGGAUCUCGAACUGCAGUCCGUGGUCCUGCUGGUGGCCAAAUCCACCGAUGAAUCUGCGGAGCAGGAGAUCUUCAUGUACGACAUCGCCACGGGCAGCAUUAACCGCCUGAACGGAGAGCUCUCCAGCACGUUUGUCAACGUGGCCGAGGAGAACGCCAGCAGCGAGGAUCUGGAGCACGCCGCCACCUUGGACCCCAGUUCGCUGGAGUCCAUGAUGCAUCUGCGCCGCAGAUAGACAUCGCGAUCGAGUCGAGUCGCCGCAGUCCACAACUAAAUGCCAUUUAGCUACUCAACUAGACAUGAUCAUCGUGCGCCCCUGAAAACCCCCUCGAGUUGUACUCCUUUCUUAGUUUUUUUGUUUCGUACUUUCCCCACUCUCUCCUCAGGUUGCACCAUUUCUAUUUAAAACAAAAAGAGAUUCGUUCCAUUGAUCACGGCAUUGCAUCCAAUCCUCCCGUAGUAUUUCCAUUUUGUAAAUAUUCUUUGCUGAUGUUAAAAUUAUCGUACUUUAAGUUAAUUUACGUAAAAAUAUUACAAAUAAAAAAGAAAUAUAAGACAUGUA